UCUGAACAUGAUGGGAACUACAACUCUCCCGUCUCUAACGACAACGACAUCGCCCUGAUAAAGCUCUCCUCAGCCGUAACGUUCAACAACUACAUCUCGCCGGUCUGCCUGGCAACAGCGGGCAGCACCUUCUACAGCGGCGUCGACUCCUGGAUCACCGGCUGGGGCAACAUUGGAUCUGAUGUUCCUCUUCCAUCUCCUCAAAACCUCAUGGAGGUGAAGAUACCGGUUGUGGGCAACAGACAGUGUAAAUGUAGCGGCUAUGGAACGGCCGCCAUCACUGACAACAUGAUCUGUGCGGGAUUACUGCAGGGAGGAAAGGAUUCCUGUCAGGGAGACUCAGGAGGUCCGAUGGUGAGCAAACAAAAUGGCCGCUGGAUUCAGUCAGGAAUUGUGAGUUUUGGCACUGGCUGUGCUCAGCCAAAUUACCCAGGAGUCUAUGCCAGAGUCUCCCAGUAUGAGAGCUGGAUCAAAGCCCAGAUCACCACCAACCAGCCGGGCUUCAUCACCUACACAUCAACCGGAACCAACAGCGACCUCAGCGUCUCCUGCACUGGCGUGCCACCAAUCACAACCCCCACACCAACGAUAUACUGCGGCCAGGCCCCACUGAACUCUCGCAUUCUGGGCGGUAGUUCUGUGGCGACUGCUGGUGAGUGGCCGUCCAUGGCGAGUCUGCAGAAGAACGGACAGCAUGUGUGUGGAGGAACUCUGGUGUCCAUGGACUACGUUCUGAGCAACGCUGCCUGCUUCUCAGCAGCUCCUAUUGUGUCUGAGUGGACGGUGGUUUUGGGUCGUCUGAAGCAGAAUGGGUCCAACCCGUUUGAGUCAUCGUUCAAUGUGUCAAAUAUCACCAUGAGCAACCUGACAGGGUCCAACAUCGCAUUGGUUCAGCUUUCCACGCGCCCCACCCUGAGCAACUACAUCCAGCCCAUCUGCCUGGGCGGCGGCAGAACCUUCCCGGUCGGAUCCAGCUGUUGGGUUGCUGGCUGGAGUUCUGGGCGAGGAGGAGUCGAGGAGCUUCUGCAGGAGCUUCAGACGUCGGUGCUAACCUGUGAAAAUGUUUCCUCCACGGAGAACAUCUGCACCACAGAGUUCACUCUGGAGAAGGGUGACCUUGGCGGUCCGCUCAUGUGCCGGCAGGACGGUUCUUGGUUCCAGGCUGCCGUGGUUCUGACCUUGAACUCCUCUACCAGCCAAACUCGAGCCAACACAAAUGUCUUCGUCAAACUCAGUAACUUCAACGACUUCCUGACUCGGAUACUCGGGAACUUCUUGACUCCAGCACCCUCCACCCUCCCUAUUGCCAGCGGACACCCCCAGGCUCACUUCCUCUUCCUCUUCCUCCACCUCCUCAUCCUCCUCUUGUGUCUGCAGCUCUUCUAAUAGAAAGGCCGUUUGGUGGCUCUCCCUCAUGGGAGCCUAAAAUCUGACCGGAUCUUUCCCUUUCUACAUUUAAACGGGUUCUCUGAGCGGUUUCUCUGAGCGGUUUCUCUGAGCGGGUUCUCUGUGCGGGUUCUCUGUGGUUCUUUGGGUUGAAGGUGGAAGCAGGUGCUGGUUGAUGAAUCAAGUCUUUCUGAGGAUUUAUUGGCUGAUCCUUCAGGUUUUCCUUCCAAGAAAACAGAAUUAAAUGUGUCCUGAUCAAAAGUUCUCCAGAUUUGCUGAAGGUUCCUCAAAGUCUUUCUUGGUUUCACCUGGAGGCCGUCUGGAAUCUCUGGUUCUGUUUGUGACCCGGUCCAUCUGGAGCUGAUUGAAGGAGCCAGAAUGAAGAAUUUCAACAGCUGCUGAUAUUCUUGCCUGAAACCAAACAGAUCCGAUUGUUUUAUUGUUUAGAAGUCUUUAUCUCAGAAACCUGAAACCACCAAGCAUUUUCUCAAUCAGCAUGUGCAUUAAUAACAAUAGUAAUGAUAUAAUCAUAAUAAUUAUUAUUAUUCUGUGUUGAUUCUUUGUCUUCACAGGAAAAAUGUUUUAAAUUAACUGAUUGAUUUUAUGUCUGUUUCAUAUUACAGUUGUUUACAUAAUUAUCUAUAAAAUCAAAAUAAAUAUAUGUUGAGUAUUUACUGUGUAACGUCCCCAAACACCGGGGCGUGGACCGGCAAAUGUCCGUGUGCUGCUCAGUAAUGGGUCGCAGACGGCUCAGAUUCUCUGAUUCAAUAAAUAAUUUCCUAUUUGUUCAAA